AUGUCAAUUGGGUUGCCGCCGUUGGUCUUAUAUGAGGGUUUGGAUCGAUAUUUGAAUAACUGGAUGUAUGUCCAUGCCGGAAGAGUCUUCAACUCCGAGAAUAUAGAUCCAAGCGACUCCUCGCAUCCUUUCAUCGUUAUCCUUCGUGAUGUUCUCUCACGGUGUCAAGUUCUGUGGCUCAGGGACAUCAUGCCGCCGGCUGGUACAUACAUAAUAAUGGCUCCGGGCAUUAAAAGUCCAUAUUUGCUUCUUCCAGCAUCGACUCGCUUCUUGGUCCAGAAAUAUCUUCCCGUAAUACUCCAAGACGAAGAGCUUGUCCUGCCUUGGAAUGUCUGUGUCCCAAAGGCAGGAAUACGAGCAACACAGGCUGGAUCGUAA